UAUAUCAUAUUUAAUUUCGAUAUUCCGAAUUUAUUAAGUAACCCAACAUUUUGUCGAGUUACUAAAUUCAAGCAAAUAUGAAUAUCACACAAUUUCCGUAUGGUGUAAAUUUGGAGUGUAUUUAACUUAUCUACUUUCUCGAUAAUGGCCGAUGAUGAGAAAUUAUCCCCCGCGGAAUCUAUGCGUUCUUGCUGUAAAUUUCAUUGGAGAGGGAAACUUACAGUUCUUGUGCCAUUGAUAACGCUUCCGAUUUUAAUAUUUGGAUUUCGGAAUAACCGACCUGAAUUAAAAUGCAUUUAUUUGAUUGUUAACAUGGCCAUCUUUUGGAUAACGGAAUGUGUGCCUUUAUAUAUAACAUCCCUAUUUCCAAUCAUUUUUUUGCCUUUGUUUGGAAUUUUGUCAUCCGAAACUACUUGCAGCUUAUUUUUUACAAACGCUUUGGUGAUGUUUGUUGGUGGACUUAUUCUGGCCUUAGCCAUCGAAUAUUCUAAUUUGCACCACCGUAUUGCAUUGGGCACCAUCUUAUUGGUUGGCUGUAGUCCGCGACGCUUGCUCUUCGGUCUGACUGUGGUCACAUGUUUUUUAUCAAUGUGGAUGUCGAACUCGGCAUGUACUGCAAUGAUGUGCCCUAUUGUUAAGGCCAUAUUAAACGAAAUGGAAGCUCAAAAAAUUUUUACAAUAUACAUGACACAAGAGGAAGAAUCAGUUGAGGAAGGCGAGCAACGUCAUCCUUCAAAAAUCGCGAUGGCAUUUUAUUUUAGCACUGCAUACGCUUCUUCAAUUGGUGGCAUUGGUACCAUUAUUGGAACAGGAACAAAUCUGACCUUUAAGGGUAUAUAUGAAACCCGUUUUCCAGAUGCUAAAGAGAAAAUAAAUUUUCCCAUAUUCAUGGCAUAUACAAUCCCCAUUGCGGUGGUUGCUAACAUUCUGUUGCUAUAUCUUUCAAUUCAAUUAACUCACAUGGCUCUAUUUCGACCAAAUAGCAAGACUGGCCAAGAAAUUAAAAGCGCAACUUCCAAUAAAGAUAUACUUUAUGGUGUUAUUAAAGACAACUAUAAGGCACUGGGAAGGAUGUCUUGUCAUGAAAUUCAGGUUGCAUCCGUAUUCACAUUAAUGGUUCUCUUGCUUUUCACAGGCAAUCCUGGGUUUAUGAUGGGAUGGUCCGAUGCACUUCAUCUCGACGAUGUAAAAAGCUCAUCUAUCGUAUUUUUAGCCGUUGUAAUUUUGUUUGCCCUUCCCACUCAGUACACGUUCUUUAAGUAUUGUUGUGGUUCAGCUCCAUUCACUGGCCGUGCCAUGGAUGCCUGCCUCUCAUGGACGUUUAUUCACAAUAAUAUGCCUUGGGGACUCUGUUUCUUGAUUGGUGGUGGCUUUGCUCUUGCAGAAGGAAGUAAGGUCAGUGGCAUGGCCAAAAUGUUGGGCCAGUCGAUGGCAUUCAUUGAAUCAACUCCAAGAGACGUGGUGAUAGGAGUGACAAUUGUGAUAGCAAUUGCUUGUACCACCUUCAGCUCCAACAUGGCUGUUUGUAACAUAUUGACACCCGUCUUCUGUGAAAUGGCAUUAGCCGUUAAGAUCCAUCCAUUGCUUCUGACCUUACCAUCCACGCUAGCCAUGAGCUUUGCCUAUCUUCUGCCAGUUAGCACACCUCCCAAUGCUAUUGUCUGUGGUUAUGCCAAUAUCAAAACAAAAUAUAUGGCGGUGGCCGGAAUAUUGCCUACUCUUUUGGGCAUUGUUCUUCUAUGGAUCAAUGCUGUGACUUGGGGUGCUGUCAUAUUUCCCGACACUAAGGAUUUUCCAGAUUGGGCAAAAGAAGCGAGACUAUUUUAAAAAUGUUUCAUAUUUACCAGCAAUGCAAUUGCAAUGUUUAUAUCAUUAUCAUGACAAGUGUAAUAAAUGGCUCUUCGAA